UGUUGUUGCUGCCCCACACGGUUUUCGAUGUUGUUGGCCUGCUUGUGCUUGUCGCGGACGUGAGGUGCUGGGUGCUGUGACUCACAGCGCCGAUUCGCAAAUGAGUAAUCUGCUCGCGUCCGCUGGGUCGUACGGCAAGCGGGUGCUGAGCACGGCCCGCGAGGGUUUCGCACACUUGCGAGGGGGACUGGUUCGCCCCGCUCCGCCAGCAGACGACGAAGCAGUCGACGGGAACGCCGCGGAGGUUAAGGACCACCUCAGCGAGAAGAGCAUAUCGUCCCUGCUCCUUCGAAUCUCUCUCGUUGCCCUUCUUCUGAAGGCUCUACAUAGUUUUGUCGAUCUUAAGUAACUCAAACAUGGAGAAAAAGGGUUGCUGCAUUUUUGCACGUGAGGAGUAUGAGGAGUUAUCAAAUGGACUUCAGUUAGCCCAGUGUAUGUUGAGGGGAAGAACACCUGCCUUGGAUCCUGAUACAAUGUCCCCUGAGGUAACUAAACAGCUGGAAGAUCUGGUAGUGGCAGAUGCUCAUUCUUGCUCUUGCUGUUCAGUCAAGUUCCCCAAUCCCACAGCUCAACGUGCUCAUUUUAAAUUAGAUUGGCAUAGAUACAAUAUAAAAAGACAACUAGCAGGACUGUCAUCUGUCCCCGAAGAAGCCUUUACAGCUUUAGCAGACAGAGGAGAUGAUAUUGAAAGUAUUUCGGGAUCUGAGUCAGAGUCGGAAACAGAAGGAGAUAAAAAUGACAACUCUGAACUAGUGCCAUCUCGUCACGCCAAAGUCUUCUUUAGAAACAAUAAAGAUCAAGUUGUGUCUCUAUAUUAUUGUUUGCUCUCUUCCAGCAAGGAACGUCCUGAACCAGAUACUUUGGUAAAUGAAGCUUUGAAUUUACGCUGUCAAAAUAAAUGGGCCAUAAUAAUGCUUGGGGGAGGCCAUUUUGCAGCUGCAAUCUUUGAAGGUCAGGAGGCAAUUGUUCACAAAACCUUUCACUGUUACACUGUGCGAGCUAAGCAAGGUGGAUCUCAAAGUACGAGAGAUAGCAGAGGUGGCAAUCAUCCUAAAAGUGCUGGAGCUAGUCUACGAAGAUAUAAUGAGCAGCAAUUGGUUCAGCAUGUUCAAGAGCUCAUCUCUACAUGGGGAGAUCAUUUUAAUUCCUGUAAUCUAAUAUUUUAUCGAGCAGUAGGGCCUAACAAUAGGUCUGUUCUCUUUGGAGGUAAAAAUCCACCUCUUGAUAAAACAGAUUCAAGGCUACGGACUAUACCAUUUCCUACUCGCCGAGCUACUUACAAUGAAGUCCAGAGAGUUCAUGGAAUCCUAUCUUUUAUAGAAGUGCAUGGUCUUGAAACAGAAUUCCAGGCGAAUUAUCCACCUUCACCCGAGAGAAAAUAUGUAGCAGCUAAAGAGGAAAAAGGGAGUGGAAAAUAUUCUGAGGAAGUUGAAGAGGUUCCACGCAGUAGAAGUAAAGUUAAAGGGGGUAUUAAGCCAAACCGUGCCAAAUCACGGCCAUCCCCACAAAGGCCUCUACCUGCCAAUCUUUCUCGGCCUACUUCUGAGUCUGAAAAAGCAAGUGAAGAUGAAAAUGCCAUUGGAGGUGGAGGAAGCGAUGGGAGCCUUACUUGCCAGGAAGUAGAAAUUAGUUUCAAAGAUAAUGUAGAAAAUUUUGAUCUUAUGAUUAAAAAUGAAACAAAGAAAAAGAAAGAGAAGGUAAAACAAAGAAAACUCUCUGCAGCCUCUUAUGUGCUGCUAGACAAUAGAUCAAAGGAGGAUGUUGAGAGAGAAGAGCUAGCUAAAGCUAAGGAUGCUGAGAAGAAACAGAAAAUAGCAGAAAAGAAGGCAAGGAAAAAAGCAGUUGCAGAAUUGAAGAAGAAACAGGAGGAUGAAGAGGCUUUUUCACCACUUACCAUUUUUCAAAAAGAACUCCUGGGUGCUAUACAGUCUGGUGAUGUGAGUCGCCUUCAAACUUGCCUGUCGCCUGCCUUCAUUCAAAGUUUACCAUCUGAGUUGCCUGGAGGGUUGGAUAGGAUUCUUAAUCUCCCUAUAGCAGAAGGGAACAACACUGCUUUACAUGUUGCUUCAAGGUCAGGAGCAACAUCAAUGAUAAGUGAACUCAUGGCCUGUGGUGCUGAUCCCUCUACAUGGAAUAAGAAAUGUCAGACACCAUUUGGUGUGUCAGCAACAAAAGAUAUAAGGAAAGCUUUUCAAAAUUUCCGAAUUGAACAUCCUGAUAAGUUUGACUACUCUAAAUCUUUAAUACCAUUACCUCUGACAGAGGAGGAGGAGAGGGAAAUAGCAGAGAGAAAAGCAGCUCAAAAAAAAGCAAAGAAAGAUAGAGAGAAAGCUAAGUUAAAAGCAAAGGCAGAAGAAAAGUUGGAAAGAGAAGAGAAAGAACGCUUCAUGGCCAUGAGUGACAGAGACAAGAGGGCAUUGGCUGCUGAGAGAAGGAUUUUAGCUGCACAGAGAAGAGGCACUGUGGAUGAAGGCAAAAAAUUAGUUCUUUUACGAUGUUUUGUAUGUGGCAGUGACAUAUCCGGUCAGGCAACAUUUGAAUAUAACCACAACAAAUUCUGCUCUGUGGAAUGUCUAAGAGUCCACCGUAUGCAAGAAAAUUCUGACCUUAAACGAAUUUGAACAUAACAGUCCAGUAACAUAUUUCUUCAGUUAUUGGUCAACCUGCUUAAUUUAUGAGUGUGGGGUGUAAAUAAAUUUCUGAUAUGGGAAA